AUGAGCAAACACCUCCAUCCUCCCGAGCCCAGAGAUGCGGCCCUCUACUACGUGUCAAAACCUGUCUUCUGGGCCAUAGCACUACUUCUGUCAGUUUGGUGGGCUAUUAGACCGUUGCCCUUGAAGCGGAAGCGACCUCGGUCUCUCGAAGCUCAAGACUCUAUCAGUUUUGACGGCAUCACAUCGAAUCCCACCAAGGGUCUAUGUCCUCCGGGAUAUGUCCGAGAGCACGCCAUUGCAGCUGUUCACGCGAUAAUACUUGCGCUGCACGCUAUCGAAGCAUACUGGCUCGGCACUACCCUAAUCCGGUCGCUUGGUGCGAUUCUUGUCUGGGGGCCAUCAUUGCGGCAUGCCCCGACCUCACUGGUUGGGUUCUACGCUGGUCUUGUCAUGUUAUUCUCGAUGAUCAGCCUGUCCAGCUUGAUCGUGGUUGUGCUCAGUUCUGUGUUUCAGACAAAAUCCUUAGUUGAAGAUAACACGAUUCCCUCUAAACUCCGCCUGCAAAACAUGGAAACACUUGAGCAGGGCAGUCCUACACUUCUCGAGUCUCCUGUGAUUGAGCCAUUCGUACCCAGAUCGAAACCGGAACCCAAAGGCCGGAUCGGAUGGCGAGCCUGGUCGACAUAUCCUACGGCAGCGCGUGGUACUUGCAUGGUGAACAUCGAGCGGAUCGACCCACCAGGUGGUCUAUCCAAGUCCGACUUCGCCCAGUACGACGAGAUCACCAGGAGGACCCGAUACGGGAUGGGUUCUCUCUGA